AUGGACAAGUCACAUGCCACAUAUCUCUCUCCACAAGAUCUCUUGAAAAGUUAUCAACCCUCUGAAGUGCCUUUCUCGGUACCAUCAGAAGAGGAGAUUAGUGAGCAGGAAGGGGAAAACGAUGUAUUGCUCAUUCCGAUCGCUAUCCCAGAUGCAUCUGGAGAAUUAUAUUCCGCGCCCUUGGAUUCGUCGGAUGAAAUAAUCGAGCUGGAAGAAGAAAUCUCAAUUAUCCCUAUCGAUAUCCCAGAAGCAUCUUCAAUAUCCUAUUCCUCACCAUCCCUAGAAGAGCCCCCGAUCGAGGAGUAUAACGGAUCACACGAAGUCCGACUCAACGCCCCCGCAUCCUCAUCUAAAUCCCACACUCCCUAUUCCAUCCGCUACGAACUCCCCUCCCCCCGCUCCACGAUCAUCACCCAAAAAGACAUCGGUUUCCUUUCCGAUGCCGGAGUACGCGGUUCCGUAUCCACUGUGUGUCAUGGAACAUUCCACUCCCAGCCCGCUACACUCAUCCUCUUUACAUUUAUCUUCCGUUCCGGAGACCAUGGAUUUCGAUUCAAAAACGCGAGUGUGAAGAUUGAUUUCUCCAGACACUCCUCCUCCUCAUCUCCUUCUACCCCCAGCUCCAAAACCCAGGAAAACUGGACCCCCACAAUAACCGCCCUCGCCCCCCGCAAAAUCUACGGUCUCCCCACCACCAUCCACCAAACCCGCAAACUCACCGGUGAAAUCUCCCUACAAGUUCCUCUCGGCCCCACAACCCUCGGUCCUUCCACCUCUUUAUCGCACGAAUCUUCUUUUUCGCUUUCGCAUCGCUACUCACUCACCGGAAAUCUCUGGUCACAGCCCCAUUCCUCGACCUGGGAUUCCGUGUACUGGGAUUUGAAGGAAAAUAAGCAGACGAAGGGGGGAAUUCCGGAUCGGGUGGAUGUGGGGGUGGUGGUUUGUAGAGGGGGAGGCGCGUUUCAGGGAGAGGUGAGGGUUGAGGUUGAUACGCCGGUUAUGAGGGGGGUGUGGGGGUGGCCGUGGGGGAGGGGGAGACCGGUGGUUUUUGUGGAGGGGGUGGAGACUGGAGGGGAGAGGGUCAGGACGAGGAGGUUUGAGGAGUUGGGGACGGAGGAUUGGAGGGGGUUGGUGGGGUGGGAAGGGGAGUGGGUGGAUGUUGUUGUGGGGGGUACGGAGGUAGGGGAGAGGGAGAGUGGAAAGGGGGAGGAGAAUCUUUGA